ACCAUGUGUUCUGAUGCACAUGUAGCUCAGAGUAGGAUGUCUGACAGACAGGAAGGAAAACAGCAAGUAACCCUGAGUGAGAGCGCUGCAGCAGCUCAGUAUUGAUCAGCCCAGCCUAGUCCCAGGAGACAGGACGAUGCUGCAGAACAGAAACAACGGGAUGGCACUGGUUCUUCUGCUGUGGAUGGUGGGGAACUUCAUGGGACCAGCAUCUUCAGCGGAGCCCAGUCAGUACAGCAGACUGGUGGACUGGUUGAGCAGGUACGGCUACCUUCCUCCUACUGACCCUCGCACCAGCAGACUGCAGACCAAGGAGGGGAUUGAAAAAGCCAUCCGUGUCAUGCAGAGGUUUGGAGGUGUUCAGGAAACUGGGUUGCUAGACGAGGCAACGCUGAAACUCAUGUCUACUCCCCGAUGUUCGCUCCCUGAUGUUGUUGGAGAUGAGGACAUGAGAAGGAGGAGGAAGAGAUAUGCUCUGUCAGGCCUCAAGUGGCACAAGACAGACCUCACAUGGAGUGUCCACAGCUAUCCAACUCCCUCCACCUCCCCAAACCUCCCUAAUCAUGUGGUGGACAUGCUUCUGAGAUAUGCAUUUAAAGCAUGGAGUGACGUGGCUCCAUUAAAUUUCCAUCAGUUGCAGAAGGACAGCAGGGGGGUCACAGAAGAAGGGGACAUCAGGGUGUCUUUUCAAAGCUUACUUCAUGACGAUGGGUACCCAUUUGAUGGGCAGGGUGGUACUUUGGCCCACGCCUUCUUUCCUGGUGAUGCUGAAGUGUCUGGUGAUACACACUUUGACGAUCAUGAGAUCUGGAGCUUUAGUGGUGACACCAGCACCACAGACUUGUUCACAGUAGCGGUGCAUGAGUUUGGCCAUGCCCUCGGCCUGUCCCAUUCAUCCUCUGAUCCGUCCAUCAUGAGGCCAUACUACCAGGGAUCUGUGGGAGAAGUUUCCAGCUUCAGGCUGGCUCUGGAUGACAAGCUGGCCAUUCAGCAGCUUUAUGGCAUGAGGGGUGAUAGACAGCCAGGUGGUUCUGAUCCUGACCCGCCACGACUACCAAGCCCACCUCCACCAAGACCAACAAGGACUUCUGUUCCUGAAUUCAGUGAGAGGUGUGAGGGAGGCUUUGAUGCUAUAGCAAAUGUCAGAGGAGAGGUUUUCUUUUUUAAAGGUGCACAGUUCUGGAGAACGGCGAGGGACGGGUCUUUGGUGUCCCUGAAACCAGCCAUGAUCAAAAACUUCUGGAUGGGCCUUCCUCCUCAAACAAACAAGAUCGAUGCUGUUUAUGAGAGGAAGAGCGACAGCAGAAUCAUCUUCUUUGUUGGUUCUCAGUACUGGGUGUUCAAAGACACCCAGGCCAUGGGUGGAUACCCUCGACCCCUGUCUGACUGGGGCAUGAGAAGAGCUAAUGGGGUUCUGGUGGACCGGGUGGAUGCAGCCUUCAUCUGGGCCCACAAUGGAAAGACCUACCUAUUCAGUGAUGGAGAGUUUUGGAGGUUUGAUGAGAGCAAGAGAGGGGAGCAGGUGACCUGGCAGCCUGAUCCAGGAUACCCACGGGACAAUGACAUCUGGGAAGGGAUGCCAACCCACAUGGAUGACGUCAUCAGCUGGGGUGAAGGACAUGCCUAUUUCUUCAAGGACAACUUCUACUGGGUUUCCAUGAACGACGGACCAAACCAGGAUUACGUCUCUCCCAAGUCCACGGCACUGGACUGGCUCAGGUGUCCCGCUCCUCCUCUGGCACCCUCUGUGCCAAGUCCGAGGAACCCAAAGGAGUGCAGCUGUCACUUCAGCAGAUCAUCUUCCUCACUUAGAAGCGACACUGCAAUCCUGAUCUCAGUGAUAUUGAUAAUUAAUUACUUGAGUUCAUUAGUUAUUUAAUACAACUUAAUCAAAUCAAUGAGCCUAUAUUUGGGAUUUCUAUGUGCUUUUGUGUUUCGCCAUUCCUUUUACUGGGUUGUAAUCGACACUUCACACCCGCAGACGUUACAUCUCUGAUGAUGGUGUCCAGUUACUAUAAAGAAUCAUAGCUUGUGUCACUGUAAACUGUGUCAGAAGCUUUUGUCAAACAACUAACGCAGAAACUUGUCUCUCAUCAUGAGUUUCACACAUUUGUCUUUUCAGACAAAGUAUUCAGCUCAAGUCUCCCCUGGGUGCAGUUUAAAUCUGACACUAGUGGGAAACUCCUCUGACUAUUGUCAUCAGAUAUAAAAAAAAAGAAACUUCACAAUUUGUACAGCUAGCAGCACAAAAGAAUGGAAUUGAAUAAAAAAAUACUUUAUUAAUCACUAGGGGGGAAAUUUAGACGUCAGAGGUAUGUAAGCUCAAAUAUUUGAUUUGUACUUUUGAAGCAGCUGGAUUCAGAAAUAGAGUCUGGUCAAACAAGGAAUUGUGCUUUUAUCAUUUAAUGCUUUCACAUUUUGGACUGUGAGGAGGGGAUUUUAUUUCUUGCAACAAAGUUGUAUUAUUAUUAUUAUUAUUAUUAUUAUUAUUAUUAUUAUUAUUAUUGUACUCUGCUGUUGGAUGCUGUCAUGGACUUAAAUGUGAACAGUUUAAAUGUGUUGAUGUUAGAAUGAAUGAAUUAAAAGUGCCAGUACUAUUUCAUAAAGAUCCAAGAUAGUUUGGAUAACAUUGUUUUUUAAAUAAAUGAAAUCACUGUUUUAAA